GGGUGCUUCUCAAAAAACGAGAUAAAUUGGGGUGAAUAAUGUGCCAAAAAUUGUAUAAAAACUUCUCAAUAACGCAACAAUAAUUGCUAUAAACAUGGAAAACGGAAGGAGGAUGUCUUACGAUACAUUAAUAACCGAUCAAAUUUUACCCAUACCGAUUCAAAUCUUUUUAUGGAAACAAAUUAGCCCCUUUAUAAAACCAAAAUUGGGUAAAGUUCAUGAAGCAUCAUGUUCGUUUUGCCAACAUGCUUCUUUCGGUCAUCACGAGCUUAAAGAAUCAUGUAAAGUCUUUGAAAAAGUUCUAGUUCAAAACAUUCUGUUUGGUUUAAAACCGGAUUUAACCGAAUCAAUAAAAUCAAUUCCACGAUGGAAAUUAGUUCAAGCAUCUUUACCACAUGUUAUGCAUUGUUCAGCUUCACUUUUAUAUAAUAGAAUGAAAGAUGGUAACAUGCAAGCUUUAGGAGCCGUUGAAACCAAGCUUUUGUACACUCUUCAUUGGAUAAUUUUGGACGCGGCUGAAGAAUGCGCAGAAGAAGACUUCGAAAAAGGCAUUUACCAUUCUUCCCCGUUUUAUUAUUUAUUUUCAAUACCAACGAUAACUCUUUUCGUUUAUUUAUUCGCCCCGUUGUGCCAAAACUUCAAAGAAUCCGAUUUUCAAAAUUCAAGAGUUGAGAAUGGCUUGAAAAUAUGGCAACCGAUGUGGGAAUUUAAACAUCCGGAGAGCUCCUGCUUCACGACACAUUGUAAACCGAAACCGAAAUAUUUCGGAGGACGAUAUUUUAAAGGAAAAGGACCUUUUGGUGAUGUAUUUUUUGGGAAAAAACCUUCGUCUGAAAAACUUUCAACUGAAAGUCCCCCCACUCAAGCACCAGUUACCUUCUUCGAACAUCCUUCAUCAUCUUCAGUAACAGUAACAGCCACCAUAACAAAACCAGGAGAUGACGAUGGAUCUUGGUUAUCUUCCCCCAAAGACACGGUAUUUCCGGAAACAAUCCCCGAGGAGAGUUCAAGUACCGAAGAAGAACACGUCGUUAUAUUUCGAUUACCUUCAUUACACGAAUCCGAUGGAUUUUUACGAGAUCCUUCGAUUUAUACGGCUGAAACUAGUAUUUUUCAAUUAACGAUGAAAAGAAAUGGUGGUGGAAACGAUUCUGUUGAAAAAUUAAAAUCCGAUACGAAAACAAAAAUUAAUCAAAAACAAAGUCCUCCGAUUGAAAAAGAUUCUUCUGGAGAUAGCAGCAAACAUCCUUCAACUACAGAAGGUGACGCGGGCGGUUCAAAAAAGAAUUUAUUAGGUUCAUCUUCCGUUAAUGAUAUUUCCGCGGCGACGUUUCUAGACGUCGCUGUUUUAAGAUGUCUCUUUAUAACUCAUUGGCAAGAAGAAGGGAUUUAUUGGGGUUUGCAUUAUAUGUAUAAUCGAUUGAGAGAUAUCAGCGAUGAAACUUCAUCACAACAACAACCGCGACGAAGAAGCAAUUCUUUACCAAUCCCAAAAAUUGAAAUUUCCGUUUAUCAAAGCGGGAGUGAUUCGAAAAAUCAAGAAAAUAAAGAUUUUAUUCCGGUUCCUGAACUUAAAGAUGUCUCCUUGUUAUCAGAAUCCUUACCACCUUAUACAAAGCAACGAGAAGAAUCACCUCACGUUCGAAGGGCGAGUGAAAAAACUAAAAGAAGAAUGAAAAUGGCUGAUUUAAAAGCGUUCGUUGAAACGAAGUUGCUGUCGAAAUCGGAUAAAGCUUUGGAAAGAAUCGGGCAGGAUUCUGAACCAAAAUUGCUUAGGGAACAUCCGGUGGGUUCCUCAAGUAACAUUAGCGAUUACCAUAGAAGCUUGGAUACCGGUGACGUCCACUUCAAAAGUCCUUCAUCAUCUCGAUUUAAAUACUUCGAUCCACUUCCAUGCAACUUGGUAAAAGGAAAAAGUAUGCCGAGUUUAAGCUGUUUGAUAGAUGAACUAACCGCUACUGGAUAUAUCGGAGAAACGAAAUGGGAUAUUCGAAGACACGCAAAAUUAUCAACUCCCGCUCCACCUAUGGCAAAUCCUAUAAUAACAGUAACGGAACACACCCCAACUCCUUCACCAGACUUCUUAAAACGACAAGGCUCAGUUGAUAGUCAAUUAGAUGCUUUAAGCCUGGGAAAUAAAUCCAACGCGCCAAAAGAGCGUAAAUCAAGUUUGACUCGAUCUCAAACCGAUUCAAACAUAACCUACGCCCAAGAUGAAAUUAUUGAAGUACCUGGAUCGUUUUGUUAUAUAACGAAGGAAGGUGAUAUCGAUAUGCAGGUCGUGUUGAAAGCAGUCCAUUCUGCGAGUUUGAGAGACCAUAAUGUGUGUACUUUAAGAGUAUUGGAAGUUAUUUUGAAUUUGGUGGAGCUUUUAAUGGAUUUGGGGGUUCUAAAACAAUUUUUAAGAGAUGAAGCUUUAUCUGGAGUUAAUUCGACGAACGUUGAUCCGAAUGCGGAUAAAAAUAAAACGGAUCAAAGCGAAAAUGUAGAAAAAACGAAAGUUUUGACACCCCAUCGAUUAAUUAUGAAUAUUAUUAUAAGGGUUUUGAAACAUUUAGGUUGUCCCCAUGGUUGUACUGAUGGGCAAAGAGGUCCUGCAGCGGAAUUUUUAAGAACGCAAUGCCAAAAUAUUUUAACGAAAUUAAACCGUGCUAGUACAAAACAAUUUGGUAGAUACUUAAGGGAUUAUGUUAAAUCUCAGCCUAUUCCGGAAUUACUUGAUCUUUUCCACUCUUAUGUUGGAUAUUGUAUCGAUCCAAGUUCGCUUUUAUCGCCUCUGAACCAGAAACGGGGCUCUAGCAAGUCAACAGACACGGUCUCGCAAGUAGUCACUGGUGGUCACCCGACGAACUUUGACGCAGGCCUCAGCGGCGGAAACGUCCGAGGCAUCGAGAGCCAGGUCAUCUCCUGCUCCUUCAAGAGUCUUGUCACGAGAUUCGUCGAAUCGACCAAAGAAAUCAAAGGAACCGAAAGCUUGGCGCUAUUUAGCGAAAUCCGACAAUUAAUGACUUAUGUUAAAGAAGGACAUGGAAGUACUUUUAGAAGAGUUGCUUUAAGUGCUCUUAUUGAUACUGCAGAUCGACCGAAUAAAAAAGAAAAUAUUCAAACCACCAGAGUUAUUAGGCAUGUUCAUCAUACCGAUGUUGAAGAACAUCCAGAACCACAAGAAGUACCUACAACAACCACUGAAAGUGUUGAUGAUAGAAACGUUCGAAGACUUCUUUUCAAAAAGAAAAGUACAUCAUCAACUUGUGCAAGUUUAUUAGAAACUGAAGGUGAUGAAGUAUCAAAAGCAAGUCAAAGUCCUUUAUCAAAUAUCAGAAAAAAACAUCACACUUUAACACCGAGGCAAAGUGAAAAAGCUUUAAUGUCUGAAGCUUCGACUUCAAAAGCUAAACCAAAAUCGAAAUUAGGAGGAUUCGUAAGUUGGUUUAAACGUGGUGAUGGAACAGAUUCUUCUGAUAACCAUGACAGUACAGAAACAGUGACGGAUACUCAAAGUUUUGUGAGACAACCGGCGAAAAUGUACCAUCAAAAAGACUCUGUCAAAAGUACUAGUUCGGGAAAUGUCGGUCAUACUUUGCAAAAGGCUAAGAAACGGGUUGAAGAUCGUUUCAAUAAGUUCGUUUUGAAGAAAGGAAAAAAGAAAGAUGGGAGUACUGAUGAAUCACCAGGAGGUUAUUUAAGUCGAAAAAAUUCAAUGGAUAUGGGUGAAUCUUCGAGAGAAUCAGAAUUCGUCAUUUUAAAAGAAAGAAAAUUGGUUUCAAUACCACCCGUUUAUAACGGGAUGCAAAGAUUAUCGUUUUUAUUGGAAACAUGUGCACCUGGAUCAGUUCCUGAUGCUCAUUUAUUAGCUUCCGUUUUAGAUUUGCCCCAUUCCGCUGUUGUUGCAAGAGCAGCUGUACUCUUAGAAUGUUCAUACUUCGUUCAUUGUUGCAAUAAAGGCCAAUGGCCAUCAUGGAUGAAACUUUCAUUCCCAAUUUUUCGACCAUCCGGUCCACUUCCGGCAAGAAGCGCAAGCGCCGGGUUAAGGCGUAUCCACAUCAUGCAGCGGGCCGCUGGAAAAAUGUUUCAUCAAUGGGCCGAAGUUUUAGGCGCGCGAUUAGAAGAAAUGAUCAACGAAGAUAAACAACUAGACGUUUCAAUAAAUUCAAUGGUUUUAGACGAAAACAAACAAAAGGAGUUACUAAUUCAAGACGAAGAAGAAGACUUUUUAGACGAGGCGAGCAUUUACACGUACGGCGCAACCAGCCCGGUCGCUUUAAGAAUGUUAGCUUGUCACCUUUUAUUUGAAAUUACCGCAUUUUUGAGGGAAACUUACCAAACGAUCCCGAAAUCGUCGAAAUUAACGAGUAAAGAUCGGCCACCACCUUGGGAGAAAUUGUAUAAUCGAGAUGCUAAUCGACGUUGGUCCAUGGCUUUAUCAUCGAUGGGGCACUCUCAAGCUUCAGCGCAAAGCUUACAAUCAAUUGCUGGCGAUCGAGAAUCAAAUCAAACGGAGAGAAAAAUCAGUUUUGUUCUGCACGAACCAGCCGAUAAUGAAAGUGAAGGAAGUAGUAACACGACG